AUGGCAAUCAGUAACGCCGAAUGCUUUCUAUCAGCGCUCAGCAUCAGUGUCUCCUCCCUAAACCAACUCGAAAGUCCAACCAAGGCCAUUAACCUAUUUACAACGUGCAUCAAAUGCUGGUUGCGAAUUUUAAUGGCUUCUCUCAAACACGCGCGCAUUGGGCAAACACUCCCCUUUGAAAAAUAUAGAGCUCGGCACUGUUAUGGUACACUUACUUCUAACACAACAAUGCAACUACAUCACAACCUAACGCUUUUUAUCUUUAUCUUGAUUAAUUCUUGUUUUGCUGCCAAGGACUAUCUUUUCAAGUCGUGUGAACAAAAUGGCUUUUGUCAUAGAAACAGACACUAUGCUAAUGCAAUUAAGUCGGAUCUCGAUUUCAAAUCACCUUAUAUCAUCGUUCCUGAAAGCAUAUCAAUAGAUAACGGUAUUGUCAAGGGAAUAGCUGUAAAGGAAUUACCUAGUCUCACCACUCGUGUGGAGUUUCCUUUUGAAAUUGGUGUACUUGGCAAUAGCUUUCAUUUUAAAUUAAAUGAAAACAGAGAAGCCAAUCAACAGCUUGUAAAUUACAGAAGAUACAAUGAGACAUCCAAAUGGUCAUUCGCAGAGGGUGUGAAGCUCAAUAAUGAAGUCAAGUAUAACAAAGAUAAGACAUUAAUUGAUGUUGCAUACGGACACAACAAGGUUUCAAUUCAGUUCAGCCCUGUGAAGCUCACCUUUUUCUACAAGGACAAGGAAGUAUUGGUCAUCAACGAUAAACAACUUCUCAAUAUUGAACACCAAAGGCUAGAAGAGAAUAACAAUGAGAACGUUCUCCCCCAGGAAUCAACGUUUAAUAUGUUUUCAGACAAUUUUGCAGAUUCGAAAAAUGACAAACUUCCCUUGGGACCCGAAUCGAUAGGGUUAGACUUUUCCUUGAAAGGUUUCAAUAACUUGUAUGGGAUUCCCGAACAUGCAGAUUCAAUGUUUUUGAAAGACACAAGGGAUAGGGAGCCUUAUAGACUUUUCAAUGUCGAUAUUUUUGAGUAUGAGACUGAUUCGAGAUUGCCAAUGUACGGUUCGAUUCCAUUGUUGAUGGCUGUAAAUGCAAAUGCAGCUUUGGGAAUAUUUUGGGUGAACAGUGCUGAUACAUACAUCGACAUCACCAAAGAUAAAGACUCAUCAGUUCACUGGAUGUCAGAGAACGGUGUGUUGGAAUUUAUAGUCAUUGUUGAAAACUCACCAAAGCAGGUUAAUGAAGAGUACGGAAAACUCACCGGAAACACGCAGCUACCCAUAUUAUCAAGCUUGGGAUAUCAUCAAUGCAGAUGGAACUACAAUGACAUAAAAGAUGUGUUGGAAGUUAACUCCAAAUUUGAUGAAUCUGAAAUCCCAUAUGAUACAAUAUGGUUGGAUAUUGAGUAUGCAGAUAACAAAAAGUAUUUUACGUGGGAUCUGGAGAACUUUGCUGAUCCUGGGUACAUGCUAAAGGAGUUGAACCGCACUGGAAGGAACCUUGCGGUCAUCAUUGACCCUCAUAUCAAAACAGGAUAUGAAGUAAGUGACGCAAUAAUUUCAAAAAGUCUUACAAUGAAAAAUAACGAAAAUCAAGUGUAUUAUGGACAUUGUUGGCCAGGAGAAUCGGUCUGGAUAGAUACAUUAGAUCCAAAAAGUCAACCAUUCUGGAACGAUUUGCACAAGACGUUUAUGAUUUCUGAUGAAUACAAGAAUUUAUUACUUUGGAAUGACAUGAAUGAGCCAUCCGUAUUUAAUGGUCCUGAAACGAGUGCACCUAAAGACAAUAUUCAUUAUGGACAAUGGGAGCACCGUUCAAUACACAAUCUCUAUGGAUUGACAUACCACGAAACAACUUUCAAGUCAUUGGUUAACAGAUUGCCCACGCAGAGACCAUUUAUAUUGACUCGAUCUUAUUUUGCUGGUAGUCAAAGAACAGCUGCAAUGUGGACAGGUGACAAUAUGUCGAAAUGGGAGUACUUGAAGAUCUCAAUUCCGAUGGUACUUACUUCGAACAUUGUUGGUAUGCCUUUUGCUGGUGCCGAUGUUGGUGGUUUCUUUGGCAAUCCCCUGAGCGAAUUACUCACUAGAUGGUACCAGGCAGGAAUUUGGUACCCAUUUUUCCGUGCCCAUGCUCAUAUCGAUUCGAGAAGAAGAGAACCUUAUUUAAUAGGGGAUCCAUUUACGUCAUAUAUUAGAGAUGCUAUUAGGUUGAGGUACAAAUUGUUACCUGUCUUUUACACAAGCUUUUACGAGGCGACGUUAACGGGAGCACCAGUUUUAAAACCCGUGUUUUACGAAUAUCAAGAUCUGGAAGACUCGCAAGUUUAUGAGAUUGAAGAUGAAUUUUUUUUAGGAAAUUCAGGAAUCUUGGUUAAGCCAGUUACAGAUGAAGGGGCAAAUGAAGUCUCUUUUAAAGCACCAAAAUAUGAAAAGGAAAAUUUCUACCACUUUACUAAUGGUAUUAUCAGCGAUAAAGUAUACAGAGAUGGAUUCAAAGUAGAAUUGAGUGACAUACCUAUGUUGUUGAAGGGUGGAUCUGUUGUGCCUGUAAAGUCAAGGUACAGGAGAUCAACCAAGUUGAUGAAGCACGACCCAUACACAUUGGUUAUUGCAUUGGACAAGAAAGGUGAAGCCACUGGUCAGUUAUAUAUUGAUGAUGGUGAGUCUUUGACUCCGGAGUACAAAUUGUUGUCAUUUAUCAUUGACCAACACGCUAUUGCAGUGAAUUCUACUGGUGAUUACGAUUUACCAGUUGGUUUUGAAAAGAUAACUAUCGUGGGUGCAAACUUUGAAAUCGACACUGUAAGCUCAGGAAAAUUAGUCAAGGAGUCAAACAAGAUUGUAAUCAACAACCCAAAGGAAUUUCCAGUCAAGUUCAGUCGAAAAUCAGAGAGCCAUGAUGAAUUGUAG